AUGUCAGACGAAUAUAUCUUAGUUACCGGUGGAGCAGGCUACAUCGGAUCCCACACUGUUAUCGAACUUAUCAACAACGGCUACAAGGUCGUUAUUCUUGAUAACUUAAGUAACUCCAGUUAUGAUGCUGUUGCCAGAAUUGAAUUCAUUGUUAAACAACCAGUUCCAUUUGUUAAUGCUGAUCUCAGAAAGCCUGAAGAAUUAAACCAAGUUUUCCAACAAUAUAAAAUUGCUGGUGUUAUCCAUUUUGCUGCUUUAAAGGCCGUUGGUGAAUCCACUAAGAUCCCAUUGGAAUAUUAUUACAAUAACGUCAAUGGUACUGUUAACUUAUUGGCUGCUUGUAAGGCCAAUGGUGUUAAAUCUCUUGUCUUUAGUUCAUCUGCUACUGUUUAUGGUGAUGUUACUAGAUUUGGUGACAAUUCCAUGAUUCCAAUCCCAGAACACUGUCCAAGAGAUCCAACUAACCCAUAUGGAAGAACCAAGGCUGUUAUUGAAACUGUUUUGAAAGAUGUUUAUGAAAGUCAACCAGAUUCUUGGAAAUUCGCUGUCUUACGUUAUUUCAACCCAAUUGGUGCUCAUCCAUCUGGUUUAUUAGGUGAAGAUCCUUUAGGUGUUCCAAACAAUUUAUUACCAUACUUGGCUCAAGUUGCUGUUGGUAGAAGAGAAAAAUUAUCUGUCUUCGGUGAUGAUUAUAAUAGUCAUGAUGGUACUCCAAUCAGAGAUUAUAUCCACGUUGUUGAUUUAGCAAAAGGUCAUAUUGCUGCUUUAGCAUACUUAAAGAAACUCAAUGAUCAAGGUUUAUACCGUGAAUGGAACUUAGGUACUGGUAAAGGAUCUACUGUUUUCGAUGUCUAUAAUGCUUUCUGCAAGGCUGUUGGUAAAGAAUUACCUUAUGAAGUUGUCGCUAGAAGAGAUGGUGAUGUUUUAGAUUUAACUGCUGUCCCAACUAGAGCCAAUGAAGAAUUAGGCUGGAAGGCUGAACUUACCAUUGAUGAUGCUUGUAGAGAUUUAUGGAAAUGGACUACUGAAAACCCAUAUGGUUUCAACGUUGCCAAUUACUCUUGGAAGACUUUCGAAAGUGAUGGUAACUUAGCUAACAGAUUGCAUACCUUCAAGAACGGUAACUUAACUGUUGCUUUAGCUAACAGAGGUGCUUUGAUUCAAGAUAUCGUUUUCAACGGUGAACACUUGGUUAAGGCUUAUGACAACGGUGAUGAUUUCAAAUUAGCUAGUAAUCCAUACUUCGGUACCACUGUUGGUCGUUAUGCUAACAGAAUUGCUGAAGGUAAGUUUGAAUUAAACGGUAAGAAAUAUCAGUUAACUACCAAUGAAGGCCCAAACAACUUACACGGUGGUUUCAAUGGUUUUGAUAAACAAAACUUAUUAGGUCCAGUUGUUAAGUUCAAAGAUGGUGCUUUCACUGUUGAAUUCUUAAUUGUUGACAAGGACGGUAAUGAUGGUUUCCCAGGUGAAUUAGAAACUAUUGUCAAAUACAUCAUUGAUGAUUCUUCUCUUGAAUUCCAAUACGAAGCUAAAUUAUUAUCCGGUGAAGCCACCAUUGUCAACAUGACCAAUCACACUUAUUUCAACAUUACUGGUGAUGAAACCACUGACGGUACUGAAGUCAAAUUAGCUUCUGAUAUCAUGAUGGAAGUCGAUGCCAAGUCCUUACUUCCAACCGGUAACUUCAUCAAGAACGAAAAGGUUACCGUUGGUAAACCAAUCGUCAUGGAUAAGGAUGCUUUCUUUGACUACUGUUUCAUUGGUGAUGAAGCUGGUUGUGGUAUUGAUACUAGAUCUUUACCAUUAAAGGCUCACUUCGAAUGUGUUCACCCAAAGACUACCACUAAGUUGACUGUUUCUUCUACUGAACCAGCUUUCCAAUUCUACACUGGUGAUGGUGUUAAUACUAAGGGUUUCGGUAAGAGAUCUGGUUUCUGUUUAGAACCAAGUAGAUUUGUUAAUGCUAUUAACCAUAAGGAAUGGGCUGACCAAGUUAUCUUAAAGAAGGGUGAAGUCUAUGGUACUACCAUCAAGUACAGUUUUGCCAAGAAGGAUUAA